AUGUUUGUGUCUGGCUUCUCAUCUCGGAACUCUGACACAGACAUAAACAUGGACGUGGUAAAGAAGCCUGGCAACAUCAGGCCAUCAGGAACUCCCAGUGUUGAUGUCGGAGCAAGGGCCUUCAGCUCGGCAGUCAACCUCCCACCCGACAGUGCCACGGUCAAGGCCAAACAAGCUGCUAACUGGAGGACAGAACCUUUGACAUUACAACAUGCUAGUGCCAAAUCAAAACUUUUUAGUGUGCCUUUUAAUGGCAAGCCUAAGGAACCCAGCUACCCUAACACCUUGAAGAAGGAAGCCCUACAGUUCAUGGUGGGGGUGAUGGACGAGUGUACACACCUGGGAAACUUCUCUGUCCCCAUCGACCCCGAACUUAUCAUCAUCGUGGCAGCCAAGCAGGAUGCAUAUAUCCCCCGAGAUGAUGUUCUGAGGCUGGACCAGCUGUGGCCUGGCUCAGAGGUGAGGUAUCUGGACAGAGGUCAUGUCACCGCCUUCCUCCUCAACCAGUAUGUCUUCAGGAAAGCAAUAAUUGAUGGAUUUAACCGCCAGAUAGCCAAAUACUACAGUUAA